AUGUGGAACUCGCCUAAGGUCGGAAUCCUCGGUGGUGGCCAACUGGGCCGCAUGCUCGUCGAGUCCGCCAACCGAUUGAACAUUCAGGCCAAUAUCCUAGACGCCGAUAACUCUCCCGCCAAGCAGAUCAGUUCUCACGACGGCCAUGUGACCGGCUCUUUCAAGGAGCCUGACGCUGUGCGUAAAUUGGCUGAGACUUGCGAUGUCAUCACUGCCGAGAUCGAGCACGUCGACACUUACGCUCUUGAGGAGGUUGCCUCGAAGGUACGGGUGGAACCCAGCUGGCAGGCUAUCCGGACAAUCCAGAACAAGUUCAACCAGAAGGAGCACCUCCGCAAAUAUGGAAUCCCUAUGGCCGAGCACCGGGAGCUGGUGAACAACACACCAGAGGAAUUGGCUCAGAUCGGAGAGGAGUUGGGCUACCCGAUGAUGUUGAAGUCGAAGACUAUGGCAUAUGACGGACGUGGAAAUUUCCGUGUCAACUCCAAAGAAGAUAUCCCCGAGGCCCUCGAGGCUCUGAAGGAUCGCCCGCUCUACUCCGAAAAAUGGGCUUACUUCAAGAUGGAACUCGCCGUCAUGGUUAUCAAAACCAAGGACGACGUCCUCUCCUACCCCACCGUUGAGACCGUCCAAGAGGACUCAAUAUGCAAGCUGGUGUAUGCGCCAGCCCGCAACGUCCCCGAUGCCAUCAACCAGCAAGCGCAAGCUCUCGCCCGCAAAGCCGUCUCCGCCUUUGAAGGCAAAGGCGCUUUCGGCGUGGAGAUGUUCCUCCUAGAAGACAACAGUCUGAUGCUCUGCGAGCUUGCAAGCCGAAUCCACAACUCCGGCCACUGGACAAUCGAAGGCUGUGCACUGUCCCAAUUCGACAGCCACAUCCGCGCGAUCCUCGACCUGCCCAUCCCACCCAAGAGCCUUGAGCUUCUCCAGCCCUCAAUCAUGCUCAACAUCAUCGGCGGCGCAACCCCCGACUCCCACCUCAAGGCCACCGAAGCGGCCCUCUCCAUCCCCAACGCGAGCAUCCACCUCUACAGCAAGGGCGCCGCAAAGCCUGGCCGCAAAAUGGGCCACGUCACCGUCACCGCGGCGACCAUACACGAAGCCGAGACCAUGAUCCAGCCCCUCGUCGACGUUGUCGACACCAUGCGCGCCCAGCGCCCCGAUAUCAAAACCAAGGCUGCCCCCUCCGGUCCCUCCAAGCCCGCCCCCUCCGUCGCCGUUAUUAUGGGUUCCGACAGCGACUUGAAGACACUCGUCCCGGGCCUCAAGCUGCUGCGUGAUUACUUCGACAUCGAGCCUGAGGUUGAGAUCACCUCUGCCCACCGCACGCCCGAUUACAUGGCCGAGUAUGCGGGCCAGGCUGCCUCGCGCGGCAUCAGGGUGAUCAUCGCUGCCGCCGGUGGCGCUGCCCACCUUCCCGGCAUGGCAGCCGCUCACACUGCCCUCCCUGUUAUCGGCGUACCGGUUAAGGGGAGCUCACUCGACGGCGUCGAUAGUCUGUACAGCAUUGUGCAGAUGCCGCGUGGCGUCCCCGUCGCCACUGUCGGCAUCAACAACAGCAUCAACGCUGCCCUCCUCGCCGCGCGUGUGCUUGGCUCUUUCGACCCGGCCAUCCAGCGCAAGGUCGAGGCCUACGCCGAGGCUGCCCGUGCUGAAAACAUGGAGCUGAAGGGUACCAAGUUGCGCGAGUUGGGGUGGCAGAAGUACUUUGAUCAGAUGUAG